ACUUUCUUUAAGCAAUAAGAAAAUAUUGAAAUGGGUUGGAAUUAAGCUCAGUUUUCUCUCCUACUAUAUUAACCCUCUUGUUCGUGCCUGAUCUUACUUCAUUUUUACCCUAUUGGCUGUUUGGAUUGACUUUUAUCAUUUUUUACCUCAUGAGUGUUUACAGGUAUGAGUCACCCAGGGCUGGUUUACUCCUUCAGGGGACUCCGGUCACUGACAGUGACAAAGAGGAGAGACCUGAUCGACAGCCCAGCCCAGCCCAAGCCUCUCACUUUAUGUGUUCAAAUAAUAGAAACACAAAAGACCGCUCAUAGUUGGUGCAUGGAGGGAAUCCUGUGUCGAAGGACUUUGCCAUUACUUUAAGGGGCUUCAUACAGGUGCAAUCGAAUAUUAUAGUGAAUUUUAAAAGGGAAAGUACCGGAACGCAGAGAUGAGGGAACAGAAAACAAUUAGGAGGAGACCAGAAAACAAGCAGAAUAAAGAAGAUAGAAAAACAAUGCUGGUUAAUAUGGGAAGAAAUGGAGCCCAGAAGAUGAUUGGUAAUGUCAAUGGACUGGUACAGACUGUACGGAAUAUUAACACCCAUCAGAGUCCGACUGAGAAUCACGAGAUAUUGUUAAAAAAUGAGAUGGAGUUUCAUCAAGCAGCAAAGAAAAAUGAUGUGGAAACAAUGGCCGCACUCAAAGAAAAGAAAGUGAACAUUAAUUCUAAAAAUGUGCUUGAUCGCACUGCUCUACAUUUUGCGGUAGCAGGAAACCAUUAUCAAGCCGUGUCCUUUCUUCUCAACCAUAAAGCGCGAGUUGAUAUUGUGGAUAGGCAUGGCCUCACUGUUCUCCACCUGGCUGCAUGGUCAGCAGACCUAGCAACUGUGCAGAUGCUGAUCAAAGCAGGGGCAAACCAGAAAGCCGUAAAUGAGGAUGGAAUGAAUGUUUUGCAUUUUGCUGCCCAGAAUGAUAAGAAUGAUAUAGUGGAUUAUCUGCUGAAGGAGCUGCAACUGAAAGACUUGAACAUCAGGGAAGUGAGAGGCAGAGAACCUUUCCAUCUGGCCGCUGAGAAUGGACACAUUAACAUGAUCAAUAAUCUACUUUCUAUGGGAUUAUUCACAGCUCAGGAAGACAAGGGUGGUAACACAGCUCUUCAUCUGGCUGCUGCUAAUGGUCAUACUGUAGUGGUGAGGGCUCUGUUGGAGCGUUUCAAAGACAAGGACAGACCAAAUAAGGCAGGGGCCACACCCUUUUAUUUGGCGGUUGAAGGAGGACAUGAGGCCUGUGCUGAUCUAUUACUGCAAGAUGGAAGUGACAUCAACACUAUAAACCUGGAAGGAUACAGUGCCUUACAUAUAGCAGCAGAGAAAGGUUACCUAUCCCUGGUCAACUUUCUCCUUAAAAACAACUUUGAUAUGACGCCAUUCUCUAAUGAUAAGAAUACUCCCAUCCAUGUAGCCAUUCUCCAUAAUCAUAUGGACAUAGUGGAUGUUCUCAUGGAGGCUGGUUAUGAAAUUGAUGCCCCUAAUGUGAGGCUACAGACUCCUUUGCAUAUAGCUUCUGAGCUCAAGAACACUGAUUUGGUGGAAAAGCUUCUUAUAGCUGGUUGUGAUCUUAGGAUUGAAGAUAAGCAAGGUAAAACAGCACUGGAUGCAGCAGCAAGAAGCAAUCACACCCUCAUUGUGGAUAUGAUUCUCAAAGCUGAAAGAUAUUAUAUCUGGAAAAAGAGUCUUAAGGAAGAUGUUAACCAAGAGGAACCUGUGACAUUUAAACAAGAUCACUCGUCGCAGACCAGCCAGAUCCGCACGGCUCUCUGGAAUUUAGCGUAUCAGCAGCUGAAGCCUGAUGAAUGGAAGAGGUUGGCGCUGUUGUGGAAUUUCACAGAACAGCAGAUUAGAGCCAUUGAGACGCAGUGGACGGGUAAAUUCAGCUACAGGGAGCAUGGUCACCGGAUGUUACUUAUAUGGCUACACGGAAUCUUACUUAAAAAACUAAAUCCAAUAAAGUCUUUAUAUGAGGAUCUGGUGGCCAUAGGGCACCUCCAGCUGGCAGAAAGCUUCAGAGUACAAAGCAGUGACGGCGUUCAGCCCAAGAAGUGCACCGUUUCCUGAAAUGUAUAAAAUAUGGACUUACAGCCUAACCAAUAGUCAUCAGAGAUUAGAUUUUUGUUUUUUACAUCUAUAUCCAAGGACUGGACAUCAUGCCUUAUAAAAGAGGUUGCACAUUAUCCAGUGUAUAUAAUACUAUGUCCUGUAGUGAGCUUGUAUUUCUAGAUGUGAGAAUCCAUAUGAGCUGUUAUCUUGAUAAUGUAUAAUGUACAUUGUCGUAAGUCUUGUAUUCGAAUGUCUUAGGCCUUGUUCACAUUGGCCUUGGACUUCGCUAUUUGAAGUUUCGCUGGCAAUUCCGUCAGAAUGACAAGAGUUUAGCGGAGAAAAAAAUAGUGCAUGCACUAUUUUUUUUUUCUCGGCUAAACUACCCCAUCCCCGAUGGACCCUAUUCAAGUGAAUAAAGUCCACCAGGACCCAGCAGAGUCCGUUGUGUCCGACCGGUUUCAGUCUAUUCUGCUCAAGAAGGAAAAAAAGAGCCGAACGGACAAUGAAAGGGACAGAAGACAACGUCGAUGUGAAAUUAAACUUAGAUGUCAAGGAAGUUGUAUGAUUAGGCCUGUUGUAUACAGUCUGCUGCUUGCCAGGAGGUGAAGGCACAUAAAGUUUUACCUGCUCUUCUCCCUAUGCUUCCUUACGCCCUCAGCCAGGGGCGGAUCCAGAGUCGAGUCUCGUGAGGGGCACUAUUAGAGUAUUUUGUGUUGGCCGACAGAAAACAAGGUGUUGCUUACGGAACUUACAA